AGCAGCUGUGCUGUUUGAAGGGUCAGCUCUUCCUCUGAGAACAUGCCAGAUGAAUUUCCAGGACUAGCUUGCCUUCCCAGUGGGUGUAUUGCUGUGCUGUGCUCUCCAGACAUCUGCUGUUCACCAUCCUGCAUCUCAUAACUGCACCAGCAGUGCUCAAAGAAUAUCCUUGAGCCAAUCCUGUAAGACUGACCUGUCCACAUCCUCCCAAAUUAAAUCUAAAGCACAUCCAUUACAGCAUAAUAAAGAGAAUAGUAGGGUGCAGCUAGAUCCUGGAGAGGCUGAGGAAAGAAAGCAGAAUAUAAUCUUUAGGCACAACGUUGAUGCGCACCCACCCACAGGGAGCUGUGAAACUUGACCCACGUUAAGGAUCUCUGAAAGGGUGGAGAAGCUUGAGAAGGAAGUGGCAGAGCUGAAGGAAGUUUUCAGUCCUCAGAAGUGCUGUUGGGAAAGCCAAGUUUUUUCUUGUGUUUUAUUUUGUCUCAUCCAUGUAUCACACUUGCAGUUGUGCAUUGUGGUGUUGUUCUGGCCGGGUGUGCCUCACUGCAGUUGCCGUGGCAAUGCUGGGAAGUGUGGCUGUGAUGAGCCUUCUGGUGAGGAUUGCAGCCUUCAGGUGUGCCUGGAGAACUGUAGCAGCAGUGGGAUCUGUGGCACAGCCAAAGAGGUCUGCCAGUGCCACAAGGAGUUCAUUGGACAGGACUGGAGUGAGAAUCAAUAUCCUAGGGAUUGCAGUGGCAAUGGGUUCUGUUACACAGGAGUGUGCUACUAUUACAAUGGCUUCUUUGGCCUCAGCUGUUCUUAUGACUAUAGGAUGGGAGCACCAGUUCUACAUUUUCUUACUCAAAGUAAGUUUCAAAAAAUUUCAUGCUUGGCCAUGUGGCAAAUGGUGAUGCUCAUUGCAGUGUUUGUCCUUGUUUCUCUUUUAGUCCUUGCUUCCCAGAAUAUGCAGUUGCUGAGCUCCACAGAGAACUGCCUGUCUGUCAGCUGGGAUCCUGUGACUGAUAUGGAUAAUUAUCUCCUUACCUAUUACCUGUCUUGGUAUGAAAUGAUGGUGAAACAAAUCCAUGUGCCCAAAGUGCAGCUCAGCUAUGAGAUUGUACUGGUGCCAGGGGAAUCUCACAGUGUCACACUUCCAUCAGAUGUGAAGGGGAUUGCCAGUGAGCCCAAGCAUCUAGAAGCAAGUACGGUCCAGUCUGCAGUCAAUGCCAUCUGGGUGCCAGAGGAGAUGGAGUACUCCCUGGAAGUGGAGUGGGAGAACCCAUCAACAGAUGUGCAUUGCUACAAGCUGAAGUUCAGAUCCCCAGUGGAGAUGGAUGAGAAGCAGGUCAUGGUGCCCAAAAGCAAUGACCCUAAGAGCAGAUAUAUCCUCACUGGCCUGAAACCUGUAACAGAACAUGAGGUCACUGUCACACCUGUGAAAGAUAGCACAGAGGGGAAACCAUCCUCAGUGACUGGCAGGACUGGUAUCCCAACCGACCUGACAGCCGACCAAAGGACAGAAGAUACCGCCACUGCCUCAUGGAAUAAAGUGGAGGCUCCCUUAGACAGGUACAUGGGGAGAUACACCUCAGCUGAUUGAGACACCAAGGAAAUACAGGUGGGCAGUGCAAAUGACAUGAUCACCUUACUGGAUCUGAAGCCAGACAUGGAAUAUGUUGCUCAUAUCUGCUCAGAGAAGGGGCCCCAGAGGAGCAAGAAGGCAAGCACCAGAGCUGUGACAUUAAUGGACAGCACAACGAGUCUGGUAACUCGCCAAGUGACAGAGGACUCAGCCACCAUCUCCUGGGACAGAGUCCAAGCUCCCGUGGACAAGUAUGUGGUGAGCUACACUUCUGCUGGUGGGCACACUAAAGAAACAGAAGUGGGAAAGGACAGGAGCAUUACCACCCUUCCAGGACUGAAGCCAGGCAUGAAAUUCACUAUCCAUCUCUGGGCAGAGCUGGGGAGCAAGCAGAGUAAGAAGGCAAGCACUGACAGGCAUGAAAUUGAAGGCACCUGGAAAUUUUGCAUGAACUAUAAUACGGAGAUUGAUCCUCCCAAGAACCUCCAUGUAUCAGGUGUGACUCAUUCUACUGGUGUAGUUACCUGGACUCCUCCCACAGCACAGAUUGAUGGCUGUUCUCUGACCUACCAGGGCGAAGAUGUUACAAGCAAAGAAGUACAUCUGGGUCUCAGCAAAUGAUUGCUUGUGCUAGAAGGGCUGGAACAAGGAAUGAGGUACACUGUCUUUUUGAUGGCCUACAAGGGAGAUUGCCUGAGCAGAAAGAGCGCAGAUUCUCAACAGGUAGCAACUGUGAGCUUCCUCUACCUGUAUCCCAUGGAUUGCAGCCAGAUGCAGCAGAAUAGAAAUGCCUCCAGUGGCAUGUACACCAUUUACCUGAAUGGGGAUGGCAGCAGGCUGCUGCACAUGUACUGUGACAUGAGCACUGAUGGAGGCAGGUGGAUACUGAGUGAGGCUCUGCUCCUCUUCCUGCUUUUUGAUAAAUGUAAUCACAUGGACAUGACACAAAUGUUAGUUGAGAGUAAUUGUCUUUUAUUUCUAGGUUUUGACAAGCUGCACAACCUCAGGAGCUGCAGCUCCAUCUGCUACGAGCUUGUGGAUUUGUGGACAGACAGGGAAUCUGUCUCUGCUGUCUAUAAUUUCUUCCAGGUUGCCUCAAGGCUGUCACUAGGGAAUUACAGAGGCAAUGUUGGCAAGGAAUGCCUUGUUGCAAGGACCUACCACAAUGGCUGGAAGUUCACAAUGUGGGACAGGGACAAUGAUGUGGCUCUCAGCAACUGUGCCCUGAUGCACCAGAGCGCAUGGGUAAAGAACUGCCACCCAGCCACCCUCAGUGGGAAGCACAGGGAGAGAAAUCACAGGGAGGGUGUGAACUGGGAGUCAUGGAAAGGACAUGAAUUCUCCAUCUGUUUUAUGGAGAUGAAGAUUCAUUCUCAUUCUUCCAGUGAUAAGCCAGUCCUGGGGAGGAGGAAGAAGUCUUUAUCAGAGAAGAGGAAAAGGUCAGGGCUUAAAUAG